CUAUGCUCUGCUUUCAUCGCCAUAAAUAAUUUCAAGAUUAACAUAAAUAAUUGUAAUUUUCUUUACAACCAUGAAUCCCUAUAAGGAAUAUCUUAAGGUAUUGAAGGUUCGGGAUAAAGAAUUCCAUUACUUCGAUCUGCCAGCCUUGGGAGAUAAAUAUGAGAAGCUGCCCUACUCUAUUAAAGCUUUAUUAGAAUCUACAAUUCGUAAUUGUGAUGGUUUUCAAAUUAAACAACCAGAUGUAGAAAAUAUAUUAAAUUGGGAGCGAAAUCAAAAAAUAUCUGGAGUUGAGAUUCCCUUCAAGCCAGCUAGAGUGAUUCUGCAAGAUUUUACAGGAGUACCUGCUGUUGUUGAUUUUGCUGCUAUGAGAGAUGCGGUCUACAGUUUAGGUGGGGACCCAAAAAAAAUAAAUCCAAUUUGUCCUGCUGAUUUGGUAAUAGAUCAUUCGAUUCAAGUUGAUUUUGCUGGAACUUCUGAUGCUCUUCAGAAAAAUCAAGAUCUUGAGUUUGAGAGGAAUCAUGAGAGAUUCCAAUUCUUGAAGUGGGGAGCAAAAGCCUUCGAUAAUAUGUUGAUUAUACCACCAGGAAGUGGAAUUGUACAUCAAGUGAAUUUGGAGUAUCUUGCUAGAGUGGUAUUUACAGGGAAGGAUGGAGUUUUGUAUCCUGACACUGUUGUUGGAACUGAUUCCCACACUACAAUGAUUAACGGUCUAGGUGUUUUAGGAUGGGGUGUCGGAGGUAUAGAAGCGGAGGCAGUCAUGUUAGGCCAAUCCAUAAGCAUGAUACUGCCAGAAGUCAUUGGCUACAAGCUUUAUGGUUCUUUGAAUCAGUAUGUUACUUCGACGGAUCUUGUUCUUACAAUAACUAAGCAUCUGAGACAACUGGGAGUAGUUGGAAAAUUUGUGGAAUUUUUCGGAUCUGGUGUAACGGCUUUAUCCAUAGCUGAUAGAGCUACAAUAGCUAAUAUGUGUCCAGAAUAUGGAGCAACAGUGGGAUAUUUCCCUGUAGAUGACAAAUCUCUGGAAUAUCUUAGACAGACUAAUCGAAGUGAGCAUCAUGUUGACUUGAUUGAGGCAUACCUGAAAGCGACCAAGCAGUUUCAACAAUAUUCUUCUGGAGAAAGUGAUCCCAUCUACACUAAAAUUGUUGAGUUAGACUUGUCUACUGUUGUUUCAUCAGUAAGCGGUCCCAAGAGACCUAAUGACAGAGUCUCAGUGAAUGCCAUGAAGAAUGAUUUUUCUGCAUGCCUCACAAAUAAGGUCGGAUUCAAAGGGUUCGGUCUUCCUGCAGAAAAGUUAUCUACUACUGCGAAAUUCAUGUUCGAUGGCAAGCAGUACAGUCUGAAACACGGCAGCGUCAUCAUCGCCGCCAUAACGUCGUGUACGAACACUAGUAACCCCAGCGUGAUGCUGGGAGCUGGUCUGCUUGCGAAAAAUGCUGUCGCCGCUGGCCUUUCCGUGGCCCCCUACAUUAAAACCAGUCUCUCACCUGGCUCUGGCGUCGUGACCUACUAUCUAACUGAAUCAGGCGUCAUCCCAGCUCUAAAGCAGUUGGGCUUCGAUGUGGUUGGAUAUGGCUGCAUGACUUGUAUAGGCAACAGCGGGGGUAUCGAUGAAAACAUAGCAAGUGCCAUUGAACAAAAUGAUCUCGUAUGCUGUGGCGUGUUGUCCGGCAACAGGAAUUUUGAAGGUCGCAUCCACCCUAGCACUCGUGCCAAUUACCUAGCCAGUCCUCUUCUGGUGAUCGCCUACGCCAUUGCCGGCACCGUCGAUAUUGACUUCGAGACUGAGCCAUUGGGAAAGAGGAGUGAUGGAAGUGCGAUCUUUUUAAGGGACAUCUGGCCUACACGUGAUGAAAUACAACAGAUCGAAAAAAGACACGUCAUACCGGCUAUGUUCAAGGAGAUUUAUGAAAAGAUUGAAGAAGGUUCUACUAACUGGCAGUCCUUAAAAGCUCCAUCGGGUAUGCUGUACCCGUGGUCUGAUUCAUCCACCUAUAUAAAGAAACCACCUUUCUUUGACGGCAUGACCUUGGAGAGCCCUGUGAGAAAAGCUAUCACUAGUGCUAGGGUUCUCCUGCUGUUAGGCGAUUCCGUGACAACAGACCACAUAAGUCCUGCCGGUUCUAUUGGACGCACUAGUCCGGCUGCCAGAUAUUUAGCUCAGAAGGGAAUAACGGCAAAGGACUUCAAUUCUUAUGGCUCACGGAGAGGCAACGACGCCAUCAUGGCUAGAGGCACUUUCGCCAAUAUAAGGCUGGUCAAUAAAUUCAUGAAGAAACCGGGUCCCAAAACUUUAUAUUUACCCACGAACGAAGAGAUGGAUGUGUUCGACUGUGCUGAAAGGUAUAAAAAACAAAAUUUUCCACUGAUUAUCAUCGCUGGCAAAGACUACGGUUCUGGAUCUAGUAGGGAUUGGGCAGCUAAAGGUCCAUAUCUUCUGGGCAUCAAAGCUGUGAUAGCAGAAUCAUACGAGAGAAUUCAUAGAUCAAAUCUCAUCGGAAUGGGCAUUAUUCCCCUGCAGUUUUUGAAGGACCAAAAUGCAGAUUCGCUUGGCUUAACAGGAAAAGAAUUAUAUGAUAUUGAAUUACCAGAAGAUCUUAGGCCUGGUCAGAAUAUUAAAGUUACCCUCAACAGUGGAAAAUCGUUCGAAGUUAUUUUGAGGUUUGACACAGAAGUUGAUUUGUUAUUUUAUCAAAAUGGUGGAAUACUGAAUUAUAUGAUAAGAAAAAUGUUAUGAUUGGGCUUAGGUAUGUAUUGAUAAGAGGAGGUUUAAAAUUCAAAGGUGGAGGGGUGUUGUGAAUUAUUCGUUUCUAUUUUCUACAAAUGUGAAAUUGUACCUAUACGUACACCAAAAGAUGGAGGCUCGCGCCGACUACGAUUAUCUAGAAUUCAUAUCAAUUACACCGUAUCUAGCUAGGAUGAUAAAAAGGGCUGACAUAUGCAAAAAUAUUUCUAAAGAAAAAUAAGAGUACCAACAUCGUGUCCAUGAGCGGAACGAUGGGGAUUUUUUGCAUAUGCUGGUCUGCUCUGUUCGUCAAAAUACUGUUCGACAAAAAUUGAAAUUUGUCUCUGUCGUGACUUCCAUGUCUAAUGCGUAGUAAUGGCCGUCUUUUGGUGCAGAGUUGGCAAAAUUGGCGGUACCUGAACAACAACUUUUUAGAGUUCAGAGGAAAAUGACAACAGUUCCGGGUUGUUGGGAUCAAAUAAUGAAAACAUUUACUGUUUCGCUUCGCCACUAAAUUGCUAUCAGAAAAGUGCCUUAAUGUUUUUAUUUCACAGCAAAAACAGAGAUAACGAUCAAAGUUGAAAUUGCCCCAAAUGUUCAUUUAGGCUCAUAGCUCGAGAACAAAAGAAAGCAGAGAAAUACAGUUUACGAAAUGUCGUAAAAAUUCAUUCCAUUCCUCUUAGUGUUGAAAAAAUUUACGAGGUUUUAUAUUUGAGGUAUCGCAAAUUUCGCCACUCUUUACUUCAUCUACAUGUUCGUUGCGUUCAUUCCAGUUGCCAUAAACCAGUUGUCAUAAGCCCUCUAGUGGUAGCAAUUUUAUAUGGCUCAACUUUAGAAAUCAGACACUAGGGGAAUAAUAAUAUACGGUUAAUUAGAUGCAUUAAGCAGGAAGUCUUUAUAUUCACUUUUAGUCUAUUCAAACAACAAAACACGCAUCAACACUCAAAAAACGAAAAGCAUUUAAGGUUAUGAAAACAAUUACAACAACCAUAGUAUAGUUUUGUAAGUGCUCACCCUAGCGCUGCAAUCUUAUUUUGCAACGCGAACAGUAAAAAUAAUAUUGUAAUAGCCAGGCACUUUUCCGAAUAAAUCUUCGGAUAGGUAGGAUCUCUUGAUACUGCAUAUUUUAGGUGCGUUCGGCCAGUAGACUCUAUCAGCACUUUUUGUUCCGAGUCGUUCGGGCACGCAGUUUCAGAACAAAAAGUGUCAAUAGUUGUCGUUCGUUCUAGACGGAGUAGAGUUUUCGGAAUCAAUUCUAUGAGCCCCAGCUCCCAAGGUGGGGCGCGAAAGGAGUUCGUGUAGAAGCAGGGUUAUGAAACGAGACAAACCAUAAAAAAACAACUUAUAAACAAACUAUUCAUAAAACUGUAGAAUUUCCGUUUAAUCCACACUAAGAAUUAUCUAUUCAUAUACAUUUUGGAACAAAUUGCAUUCAAAUUCAAAUUUUUCCCAUGAUUUUUGUGGUUGAGAUUUGUCAUUCGUUCAUUCAAAAAUUGCCAAUUUGUACAGGCUCCAUUAGCCCUAGCUGAUCUGUGAUAAAACUCUAGUUCUACUCGCUCUGUACCGGUGUUUACUGGCCGAACGUAGUCUUUAGUAUAAUCUUUCCAUGUCCUUCAGAAAAUUAAGCGGAGUUUUCUUCUAUAAUUGCAACAAUUCUUCCAAUACUCACCUAUAAAACAAAAUCAAAAUGUAGUAAUUGGAUUGUCUUCAGAUAUGUAGUUGUUGCCGAGAUGUUUUAACUGUUGUAUGUAUAGUUUCAUUUUGUAUAUCUGUUCUGAAUAUUUCAUUAUUUCAGAAAAUGUGCAUGUAGAAAGGAAAGAUUUUUAUAUCCAAUGAAAUGAGAAAAUAAAUAAACAUAUCCAAUAACCAUC